AUGAGGAAAAAACAAAAGCUUUCCAAAAUAUCAUCUUCCGUCGUCACUACAAUGGACAUGAAAGAGCAUUUUGAGCUUAACAGAGAUAGAGAAGUAUGGCUCAAACACUAUUCAUCAAACCAUCAGAUACUUCUUGUUGGCGAAGGAGAUUUUUCAUUCUCCUGCAGUUUAGCCACCCGCUUUGGCUCUGCUUCCAAUAUCUGCGCUUCCUCACUUGACUCAUACGCAGAUGAUGUGGUUAGAAAGUAUAAGAAGGCAAGUUCGAACCUUAAAACUUUGAAGAGACUUGGAGCUUCCCUUUUACAUGGAGUUGAUGCAACAAAACUGAAACAACACACUGAUCUUAAUUGCAGAAGAUAUGACCGAGUCAUCUUCAACUUCCCGCAUGCAGGUUUCCACGGCAAAGAGUCUGAUUCCUCUCUUAUACGGAAGCAUAGGGGACUAGUGUUCGGAUUUUUCCAAGGUGCAAGUCGGAUGCUAAGAGCUAAUGGAGAAAUUCAUGUCGCUCACAAGAAUAAGGCACCUUUCUGUCACUGGAACCUGGAGGAGCUCGCUAACAAAUGCUCCCUUGUGUUGAAACAAUGUGUGGCUUUCGACAAAAAGGAUUAUCCUGGUUAUGAGAACAAGAGAGGAGAUGGGUCCAGAUGUGACCGAACUUUCAUCUUGGGAGAUUGCAGUACUUUCAAGUUUCACGUGGCUAAGGAGCUUUAUACAGAGAAGUUGAAAUGGAGACAAGUGAAGGGAGGAGAAUCAAAGCGAGAGUGCACUAAACGCGUCUCUAGAGUUUCGUCUGAGAUUCAUAGUGGGGAACUAGGAAGGAUAUCACCACGGGAACGGACAAGAUUUCCUUACCGGUACACUAAAGAAUCACCAGAAAGACACCACCUGCUUUGUCAAACAGUCCAAGCUAAUUAA